AUGCAGGAGAUUGAUCCAAACUAUGACUCAUUAUCUGAAGAUGAUUUGAUUGAUACAAAAGAGGAUGGAUCGUCAGCAAGUUCUACAAAAUCAGGGUCCGAAGAGAUUGUCAAUGUUGAUAAUUUAAGCCAAUAUUUAGGGAAGUUAGGGUUGGAGAAUCGAUUUCAGAUGGCGUCCAAGAUGACAAAGGUUACAAAGAAGAUCAAUGUAGAUGAUUAUACUGGAAAUGAGAAUGAUGAACAGGCAGUUAUAGUAUCGAAACCAAGAAGAAAGAUUCAAAUUGAACUACCAGGAAUGUCAUACGAGCUUGGUUUUAACAGGAUAAAAAAUCGGAUGAAAGAUCGAAUGAUAAGAAAGGCACAGAGAAUUGAUAAUCUAAUUAAAGAGGAGAAGGAAAGAAGGAAGCUAGAUGAAGAAAGAAGGAAGCAAGAAGAAGAGAAAAGAAGACAAGAAGAAGCAAGAAGAAGACAAGAAGAAGAAAGAAGAAGACAAGAGGAAGCAAGAAAAAGACAAGAGGAAGAAGAAGAAAAAGAGAGAAGAAGAAAACAUGAAGAACUUGAAAAAUCAGAAGAAGAAAAGAAGAAACAAGAAGUAGAGAGAAUGAGGAAGCAAGAGUCAAAGAAGGUUGAAGAACAAGAGCAGCAACAGCGACUAGAGAACGAAGAAAGACUACGAAGACAGAAAGAAGAAGAAAUGAAAAGAAAAAUUGAAGAAAGUAGGAAGAAGAAGACGUACACUGAUUCUGGUUCCAUUACUGAAGAGUUCAUGAAGUAUAGAAAAGAUAUUGAGGAUAUUAAACAGCAGGUAGUGGAACCUGUUGAGAAGAAUGCCGAGUUAAAGAAACAUAUCAAUAUGCAGAGGAGGAGGAUUAAUCCUAAAUUUGGCCAAUUGACGAGUAGUCUAUCUCAAUUGGACAGAAUAACGACCCAGUUGCAGCAACUAAUAAGCCAAACUAAAGCGAACGAAGCUGCGUUUAAAUGGAUACUUAAUUUUGUGGCUAAGGCUAUCAUUCAUCAGGCAGAAGCUGAGGUUGGGGUCAAACCACAUACCAGUUUGGCUCUAGGUUCACUGGCAUUGGAUCUUUUACUUAUGUUUCCAGAAUUGAAGUACUACUUGAUGGCUCGUUUCGUGAAAAAAUGCCCACUAGUCAUUGGAUACACCUGUAAUAUUGAUACAGAAGAAGGAAGAGUUCGUAUGGGAUGGAGAAAAAGCGAUGGUAGCCGCUGGGAGGAUGAAGCAAGAUAUAACGAACGUCUUGAAGGUAUCUGUACGCUUUAUUCUGUGAUGACAAGACUAGAACUUGGUCCAAGAUAUAAAGGAUACAAUUCUCAGACCACCAAACAUCCAUUACCGAUAGCAAAGAGUUGGAUUAUGCUCAGUAGAAUAGCCAAUAUUCAAAUGGGCCUUAUCACCAAUGUUCAUUUUGUUUUGGUGGGAAGUUGGUGGGACGCAUGUGCCGCACAAUUCUUAAGAGCAUAUGGAAAGCAAGCCAAAAAACUAUUACAGUUGUUGUGGAACGACUGGACUUCUGUUUUUAGUGAUAGAAAGUUUUCUGGAGCAGCUAGAUUGAGACUAUUGGGUGAGGAACUGAGUAGUGGGACCAUUGACGAGUUCCCACCAAUGGAUUCAUAG